GUCCGGAGGCAUCGGGAGGCCGAGAGCCGCCGGGACCCCAGCUCUGCGUCCACUGCCCCGUCCCGAGCUGGACUUCGGGGCCGGGGCCGUGCGCCGCGGACUGGCAGGACCGGGUGGCAGGUCGCGCGUCCCCAGAGCCGGAGAUCUGCGAGUAAAGAGGGACAGGGGACAAGAAACAGAGCCACAGACACAACUUCAGACUCCUGCAUCCCGAAAGAAGCACCAGAUCAGCAAAAAAAAAGAAGAUGGGCUCCCCGAGCCUCAUGCUGUGCUUGCUGUCUGCAGCCGUGUUCUCCCUGCUGGCUGGAAGCUCAGCCUUCCUGUCGCCCUUCCGCCUGAGCAGCAGUUUUCAGAGGGAACGCAGGAACAUCCGCCCCAACAUCAUCCUGGUGCUGACGGAUGACCAGGAUGUGGAGCUGGGUUCCAUGCAGGUGAUGAACAAGACCCGGCGCAUCAUGGCGCAGGGUGGGGCACACUUCAUCAACGCCUUCGUGACCACACCCAUGUGCUGCCCCUCGCGUUCCUCCAUCCUCACGGGCAAGUAUGUCCACAACCACAACACCUACACCAACAAUGAGAACUGCUCCUCACCCUCCUGGCAGGCACAGCAUGAGAGCCGCACCUUCGCUGUGUACCUCAACAACACCGGCUACCGCACAGCUUUCUUCGGGAAGUAUCUUAAUGAAUACAACGGCUCCUAUGUGCCGCCUGGCUGGAAGGAGUGGGUCGGACUCCUUAAAAACUCCCGCUUUUAUAACUACACGCUCUGUCGGAACGGGGUGAAAGAGAAGCACGGCUCUGACUACUCCAAGGAUUACCUCACAGACCUCAUCACCAACGACAGCGUGAGCUUCUUCCGCACGUCCAAGAAGAUGUACCCGCACAGGCCAGUCCUCAUGGUCAUCAGCCAUGCAGCCCCCCACGGCCCCGAGGAUUCAGCCCCACAGUAUUCAUGCCUCUUCCCCAACGCAUCUCAGCACAUCACGCCGAGCUACAACUAUGCGCCCAACCCGGACAAACACUGGAUCAUGCGCUACACGGGGCCCAUGAAGCCCAUCCACAUGGAAUUCACCAACAUGCUGCAGCGGAAGCGCCUGCAGACCCUCAUGUCAGUGGACGACUCCAUGGAGACGAUUUACAACAUGCUGGUUGAGACGGGCGAGCUGGACAACACAUACAUUGUGUACACUGCUGACCACGGCUACCACAUUGGCCAGUUUGGCCUGGUGAAAGGGAAGUCCAUGCCGUAUGAGUUCGACAUCAGGGUCCCGUUCUACGUGAGGGGCCCCAACGUGGAAGCUGGCUCUCUGAAUCCCCACAUCGUCCUCAACAUUGACCUGGCCCCCACCAUCCUGGACAUUGCAGGCCUGAAAAUACCUGAGGAUAUGGACGGGAAAUCCAUCCUCAAGCUGCUGGACUCGGAACAGCCGAUGAAUCGGUUUCAUUUGAAAAAGCUGAAGGUCUGGCGGAACUCCUUCCUGGUGGAGAGAGGCAAACUGCUACACAAGAGAGACAGUGACAAGGUGGACGCCCAGGAGGAGAACUUCCUGCCCAGGUACCAGCGUGUGCAGGACCUGUGUCAGCGUGCCGAGUACCAGACAGCAUGCGAGCAGCUGGGACAAAAGUGGCAGUGUGUGGAGGACGCCACGGGGACACUGAAGCUGCACAAAUGCAGGGACACCAUGCCGCUGGAUGAUGGCAGAGCCUUCUCCAACCUCGUGCCCAAGUACUACGGGCAGGGUAGCGAGGCCUGUGUCUGUGGCAACGAUGACUACAAGCUCAGCCUGGCCGAACGCCGGAGAAGGCUCUUCAAGAAGAGGUACAAGUCCAGCUACCUUCGCUAUCGCUCCCUCCGCUCAGUGGCCAUUGAGGCAGAUGGCAGGGCGCACCACGAAGGCCUGGGUGAUGCUGCCCAGCCCCAAAACCUCACCAAGCGGCACUCGCCAGGGGCCCCUGAGAACCCAGACGACAAGGAUGGUGGGGACUUCAGUGGCACUGGAGGCCUUCCCAACUACGCCACCACCAACCCCAUCAAAGUGACAAAUCGCAGGUGCCACAUCCUGGAGAACUAUACAGUUCGGUGUGACCUGGACCUGUACAAGUCCUUGCAGGCCUGGAAAGAUCACAAGCUGCACAUCGAUCACGAACCCGUGGCGGUUUCCAGGCUUCCUCUCCUGCCCCUCCCUCAGAUUGAGACCCUGCAGAACAAAAUUAAGACCCUGAGAGAAAUCCGAGGUCACCUGAGGAAAAAGCGGCCAGAAGAAUGUGGCUGUCACAAAAUCAGCUAUGACACCCAGCACAAAGACCACCUCAAGCACAAAGGCUCCAGCCUGCAUCCUUUCAGGAAGGGUCUGCAGGAGAAGGACAAAGUGUGGCUGUUGCGGGAGCAGAAGCGCAAGAAGAAACUCCGCAAGCUGCUCAAGCGCCUGCAGAACAAUGACACGUGCAGCAUGCCAGGCCUCACGUGCUUCACCCACAACAACCAGCACUGGCAGACGGCACCCUUCUGGACCUUGGGGCCAUUCUGCGCCUGCACCAGCGCCAACAAUAACACAUACUGGUGCAUGAGGACAAUCAACGAGACUCACAACUUUCUCUUCUGUGAAUUUGCCACGGGGUUCCUAGAGUACUUCGAUCUCAACACAGACCCCUACCAGCUGAUGAACUCAGUGAACACGCUGGACAGGGGCGUCCUCAACCAGCUACACAUACAGCUCAUGGGGCUGAGGAGCUGCAAGGGUUACAAGCAGUGUAACCCCUGGACUCGAGACAUGGACCUGGGACUUAAAGGUAGAAGAGGCUACGAGCAAUACAGGAUGGUUCAGCGUCGGAAGUGGCCAGGAAUGAGAAGACCUUCUUCCAGAUCACUGGGACGACUGUGGGAAGGCUGGGAAGGUUAAGAAACAACAGAGGUGGACCUCCAAAAACAGAGGCGCCACCUGACUGCACAGGCAACGAAAAAACAUGUGGGUGAUUUCCAGCAGGCCUCUGCUGUUGGUCAGGAGGCCUGAGAAAGCAAGCACUCACUCUCAGCCAACAUGACAGAUUCUGGAGGAUAACCAGCAGGAGCAGAGAGAACGUCAGGAAGUCUAUUUUUGCCCCUGUUUUUGCUUUGGAUUAUACCUCACCAGCUGCACAAAAUGCAUUUUUUCCUAUCAAAAAGUCACCACUAACCUUCCCCUAGAAGCUCACAAAAGAAAAUGAAGACAGUGAGAGAUUUCCUUGGAAAUUGGAAUUUUUAAAUCAUAGGGGAAAAACAGUCCUGUUCUAAAUCCUCUUAUUCUUUGGGUUUAUCACAAAGAAGGAACUAAGACGCAGGACAGAGGCAACGUGGAGAGGCUGAGAACAGUGCAGAGAGUCUGACAGUGAGUCAGUAGCACAAAAGAGAUGACACUUAGCACUAUAAACCCUGGUUGCCUCUGAAGAAGCUGCCUUCACUGUAUAUAUGUGACUAUUUACAUGUAACCAACAUGGGAACUUUUAGGGGAACCUAAUAAGAAAUCCCAAUUUUCAGGAGUGGUGGUGUCAAUAAACGCUCUGUGGCCAGUGUAAAAGAAAAUCCCUCGCAGUUGUGGACAUUUCUGUUCCUGUCCAGAUACCAUUUCUCCUAGUAUUUCUUUGUUAUGUUCCAGAACUGAUGUUUUUUUAAGGUACUGAAGUUGAUGUAUGUCCCAAGUUUUGAUGAAACUGUAUUUGUAAAAAAAAAAAUUUGUAGUGUAAGUAUUGUCAUACAAUGUUCAAAACUCCAGCCAAUGACCAGCAGUUGGUAUGAAGAAACCUUUGACAUUUUGUAAAAGGCCAUUUCUUGGGA